UGACUUUUUUAGCAGUUCAGUGUGAAUCGAACCACUUGCGCAGUGAUUUUGGUUGGCAAUGUGGAUAUCCAAGGAUCACACGAUCCCACUAGCGGUAAGUCUUCUCAUUCCAGCGUUUGGAAUUGGAGUUUACUUUCUGGUGUACUGGAAUUGGUCUGCCCUGCCGGAUGGAGUGCUGCUAGCGGAAGAGCCACUCGACGGCGAGCCUGUAUUUGUGUCUGAACGAGCGCACAACCAUCUGCGCGUGCUCACCAGUCAUGGACCGCGUGUGGUUGGAAGCAGUGCGAACGAAAUAUAUGCGGUACAGUUUUUGCUCGAAACGAUUCAAGCCAUCAUCGAACAAACCGAUCCGUCGAACCUGCUUACGGUUGAGGUCCAACAUGCCUCGGGAAGCUACUUCCUAGACUACAAAGACUAUCCCAUCACCAGCUACUAUCGCGGAGUACAGAAUGUGGUGGCGGCUUUAAGAACACGAGACGAGCACCGGUUCAGUGGAAAAUACUUAUUGUUAAAUGCUCACUUUGACAGUGCAGUUUCGUCCCCGGGUGCGGGGGAUGACGGAACGAUGGUCGUCGUCAUGUUGGAGAUUUUACGCCAAGUUGCCACACACGCACUAAACCUCCGCCAUGGAUUGAUUUUUCUUUUUAACGGCUGCGAGGAGAAUACGAUGCAGGGAGCGCACGGAUUCGUUACGGGACAUCCUCUAGCGGCGAAUGUUUCCGCCUUCAUCAAUCUGGACGUGGCAGCUAACGGGGGUCGAGAGAUAAUGUUCCAAUCGGGGCCGAACUUUCCCUUCCUGAUGGAGAACUAUCAACGUUACGCAAAGCGACCUUACGCGAAUUCGCUUGGAGAGGAAGUGUUCCAACUCGGUUUGGUGCCAUCGUUCACGGACUUCGAAACCCUCUCGAAGGUUGGCCAUUGGCCGGGGUUGGAUUUCGCACUGGCCUCUUACGGUUAUCUGUAUCACACGAUGUAUGAUGCUUUCGAGACUAUUUCACUGGAAACGCUGCAGCACAUAGGGGAGAAUUUACUACCUCUGACUAUCGGUUUGGCUGGAGCUGAAGAACUUAGCAACAUUGGCGAACACGAGGGAGGCGCGGCAACGUUUUUUGACUUUCUACAUUGGUUUAAGUUAAUUUACACUCAGACCGUGGCAUACAUCAUAAACAUCACCUUAGCGCUGGUUGCGCUGGGGUUGAUCAUUGCCACAAUUGUCAUGAUGGUGCGACGGGAAGGCGCCGAUUUAGUGGAGGUUCUAAUGGAGUGUGGACUAACGCUUAUCGUGCAGACACUUUCGAUCGCUGUAGGAGCCGGGAUCUGCAUACUGAUAGCGGUCAUCGUGGAUCUGUGCGGCCGGUCUAUGGCGUGGUUCUCAUCAACCUGGUUACUGUACGGGCUUUACUUUGUACCGUUCAUCGCCUGUCUGGCGCUGGGACCGAACCUCUACAUUCACUUUCGGAAAAUGACAUUUCUACACCCACAAGGCCGUGUACUGCUCUUCCUGCAUGCACAAUGCUUCAUCUACGUUGCUUUACUGCUAACGCUUACAAUCGGUGGAGUUCGUUCCGCAUACAUACUCCUGUUUCCCAUUAUUUUCCACUCACUGGCUACCAUCAUCAAUGUGAUCAUAAAAUUCAAACUAAACCGGUGGAUCUACGUGCAGUUGGCCUGUCAGUUUAUCCCGCUGGUUUAUUUCUGCUCGCUCACCGUUACCGUGUUUGCCGUUUUCAUCCCGAUGACUGGCCGCGGAGAUGCAGCGACGAACCCCGACAUCAUGAUGGCACUGUUCUGUGCACUGAUGGCCCUGCUGCUGGUGGCGAUGUGUCUUCCGUUGAUCGUUCUCAUCGGUAAAAUUUACUACUUUUACGCCCUGCUCGGGUUGAUGUUUGUAGCGACGGUGAUAGUGUUGGCCACACCUGUUGCUUUCCCGUUUCGUGAAGAGAUUUCUCCGCAGCGAAAUUAUGUCUUUCACCAGCAAAGUAAUUUCUACCACCAGAACGGAACGCUAAGACGCUCUCGACAAAACUUUUUCAUAUACCCACAGGAUCGUCACACGCCAGAUAACCUUUUUAACGACGGAAUCCUGCAUCCUACCAAAACCCACCCAAUUGGCUCGGAGUGCGAUGAAGAGUUGUACUGUGGUUUUCCGAUGUACAUCAACCGAUACCAUCGACAGCGCGAGUACAGUUACUGGAUCGAGGCGAGCACGCCUCCCCUUUUUCCGGAACCGGUAUUCUUGCACUUAACACAAAGGCAGGAUCUAUCGUCGACGACUAGGCUGUUCCGGUUCACGAUCGAAGGUCCAACCCUGAUGGGAUUCUAUUUUUCACCCAUCAAAGGCAAUCGUCUGGUGGCGUGGACAUUCAGCGAACAGAUUCCACCGAGCGGGACUCCCUGGAAUGACCAACCGGUGUAUUAUGUGAACUAUUUGCAAGCUAAGUCGAGGGAGCCAUUUGAAUUCUUCAUUGAAAUUGAAUGUACGAGUGGGGUGCUUUCGGAGUCUCCUGUCGUGUUGGUGUCCGUCGUUGGCCAGUACAUGUACCACGAUCAAUACAGGAAUGAGGAGUUUAAAAACCUGCUAAGCCGAAUGUCACCGUACAUGCACACCGUAGCGUACCCAAACUAUUUGGAAAGUUGGGAGUUUUGA